UUACGCGACGCUCAUACCCAAACCGCUUUCAGUAUUCUGGUUGCUUCAAGUCCCGUCACCACCAUGCAAGCUGCGACUCUCGCUGCUCGCCGUGUCGCACAGCGACGGCCGGCAGCCCUUACAUCAUUGGCAAAAUGCUCAGUCAGAACUUACGCUACGCCAGUCCCAUACUUGAAGGAGGAGGAGGACCCUCAGCUGGCAGAUUAUCCUAGAGUGCCUGCGAUUUCGAAGCAGACUCGCCCUGCUAAGGGAUGGGAUGACCCCCAGAUGCGGCGUAACUUUGGAGAGCCCUUGCAUGAGAACGAGGAGGCCUUUUCCAUGUGGGGUCCCGACAUUCCUCUCGUUCCUCCAAACGUCGCCCUCAAGCAAUCCUCGAUUGCUGUCCUCGGCUUCGUGAUUUUUGGUCUUGUUGUCAAGUUCGCUUUGAUACCGGACAGACCAGCGGUGCCACGGGAGUAUCCAUUCUCAGGUCUGGUAAACGAGCUCGGGGGAUUGGAGGAGAACAAGGCCCGCCCCGAGCAUGAAUCAGAACCAGAGGAGUGAAUAGAUGUAUCUCGUAGCGCUAGCCCCCAAUCUAUCUGAUUCUGUCUUCACGAACGGACGUUAAUGCGGAGCUACCGUAUGUCGCAAUUUGCAUACCUGCCAUUUAACGUCCGAUUCGGAACCGUUCUGUCUCAAU